AAGUCACAAACGCGUCGCGCUACUGUAAGCACGUGGCCGUCACACUUUGUCUUCUUGUCUUUAAUUGUCAUUUUUUCUGCACCUCUCCGUGGAUAGCGCAGCCUGUGUAUUGUUCUUUGGAUUCGUUCAAGGAACAUAAAACGUUUGGCGGAGUCCGACCAUGUCGACUGUUGGGUUGAAUAAAAGGCGGGAUUUUUUUUGGAUCAGAGUUGGAUGGCUUGAACGGUUUUAUGGGGUUGACGUCGAGAGCAUUGGUGGUCCGGAGACAAAAAGUGGUCUUAUGAUCACAGCAUCCCGGAUAAUGCAGGUUAUGCACCAUAUCGCCGUGUCAAUGUAAAUGUUGUCGGGGAGACGACACCAAUAGGGCUGCUCAAUUCUCAAAUUGACCGUCGCUAAAUUGACCGUUCACGACCAUCAACUGACCGUCCGCCCUGUCUGAGCUUGAAAUCGUAGCCAAAUGGUCAGUUGAUGGUCGUGAACGGUCAAUUUAGCGACGGUCAAUUUGAGAAUUGAGCAGCCCUAAUACGAUUGCGGAUCACCAAUCUGCCCAACUCUGUGUUCGACCCUUCGGAACUUUCCAAAUACCACUAAAAAUAUGGACGUUUAUCAUGCCUCAGUCUAUUAGUACACUCCCCAAAAAUACACCCCCAUUUCAACGCGGGUUGUAAAGGUAUCAAUCCCAGUACCAUUUGGCGACUCCCGUCGUCUUCUCUUCAACGCUUUUGAACAGACUCCACUAAGAGUCGUUCACCGGCUCUUAAUCCCUAAAAGCCCGCGGCCGAUUGCUUCAAAUACUACUUGGAACGCUGCAAACGCGCUAAAAUUAUUCGAAGUCGUGCUUCCACCCUCGACCGACAUCGUAAGGAUGUCAGAACUCCCACCAGAAAUUGUCAAACUUACAGGACCGCUUUACCUUGGGAGUGUGUUGAACUGGGGCUUGUUCGGUGUACUCAGCGUUCAGACAUUCCUUUACUACUUGGGUUUCCCGAAGGACCGCUGGGCAAUCAAGACCCUCGUCAUUUUCGUGUAUGCGGUUGAAGCAUUACAGUCUGUGCUCUCCAUGGUCGAUUGGUGGCAAUAUUUUGGUCCUGGAUGGGGGAAUAUCAUCACUUUUGACAAUAUCGGCCUUCUUUGGUUUAGUGGUCCGGUGAUGACGAUUAUGUUGAGCUGCCCCGUUCAAUUCUUUUUUGCAUGGCGUAUAUGGGUCAUCGGACGGUCGCCCUAUUUCCCGAUGCUCACUAUCUUUUUGUCGUUGUUUCAGGCAGCUGGAGGGAUAUGGACUGGGGUUCGAGCUGCCCAACUUGGUCUUUGGACACUUCUAGGAGGAGAAGCUAAAAUACCAGGAUCGAUAUGGUUAGUAGGAACCGCCGCAUGUGAUGUAGUCAUCACUAUCGCCAUGUUCUACUACUUGAACAGAUCCAAGACGGGCUUCCGCGCCACGAACGCGAUUCUCGUUAAAAUCAUUCGGCUUACUGUUGAAACUGGCCUGAUAACGACAACGUUCGCUAUCGUCGACUUGUCGUUGUAUCUUGCUUUUCCGCGAGAUAACUAUCACUUGGUGCCUAGCACAUGUCUAUCCAAACUAUAUAGUAACAGUCUGAUGGUGCUUUUGAAUGCGCGAAUACGGAUAGAGAACGGGAGAAAUGUUGGAUUUACAGCCUCUAAUGAAGCCUUGUACUGGGAUAGGCUUGUUGACCACGCAUGUAACUCACUACCGGACGAUCCGUAGCGAGUUGUGGUUUUAGGUUGUACCCAGUUUCACUAUGCAAGCAGACCCUCGAGUAUGGAAGUUUUAACUUACUGCAUGUAUUACUUAUCAUUAUUUUAUUUAAGAACAAUAAAAC